GCUCCCCCUCGGUCUGCGAUUGAUUUGGUUCUGGUCCCGUGGUUCCCCUACCGUCUCCUGUCUCAUCUUGCUCUCUCCUCCCCCAAUCUUGUCUCCCACCAGAUUCGAGCAAACCCUAGGAUUCCCUCCUGCCCUCUCCAGAUGGGUGAGCCGCCGAGCCGAGAGGGAUCCUAUUCCUCCUUCCCCAACUCCGACGACGACGAGCCGGAGACCUCUGGAUCGGAACGAGGAGCGGGAGGAGGAGGAGAGGAUGCUCAUCGCCCGCUGCCUCUGCGCCAGCAGCUCGUGGGGGCCUGCCGCGCCGACGACCGUCUCAGGCCUCUCCUCACCCUCAACGUCUCAUGCUCCGCCGCCGAGAACCGCUUCAUUUCUCACCUCUCUCAGCACUUUGAGGUCUCGGAGGUGGGCAUGCUGGCAAGGUGUCUCUGCGUUCCCCUCGUCUCGCUGCGCGUCGGCAAGGUCGACCGCCACGGUCCCCUCCUCUGCCCAACAACCAUCAGAGGGAAGCUUAGCCUUGGCCUUCUGCCUUCAUCGAGCAUGCGCCUUACCUUCUCCGGUGACGAUGGUUGUUCAGAGGAAUUGGCUCUGUUGAACGAUGGCCUAGAAGUUUCAGAAGUUGCGAUUGAAGAAAUAUCAGCUGAUAAUUCUGGACGUUCUUUCCUUAUCAGGAUUUCAGAAUCUAAAAGAUUGUACUACUGGUGCGCUGAAAAGUCGAAGGAAUGUGGAAUGGAGCUUCUUGCAAAGAUGAAAAAUCUACUUCAGGGCAGGCCAACCCUCUCUGAUCUCACAGGCAUCUCCAAUUCCCGACUUGAUGCUUUUGUUACUAAUUUACAUGCUUAUCUUCUUGCACCAAGUAUUGGAGAUGCUAAAUUGUUGGGAUCAUCUACUGACUUCCUCAGUAAUUCAAGCUCACAAGGGCAACAUUUACAGCCCCCAUCAGUCGUUUCCAGGUCUUCAAGGUCUCGCACCUCUGCCGCUAAUGCAACAAAAGCAAGCUUGAUCUAUCAAGCCAGUCUGAGUCCCAGAUCCAGCACUUUUAAAGAUGGGGUUCCAAGGACCUCUUGUGCAAAGGUUGUUGGGAGAGAGAAGCUGAAGCGGCGUGGGGACUGGUUGGGCCCAUCAACUGCUCUGAUCGAUGCAAAUCCUUUGAUAGCAAAGAGUGUUAACCCUGAUUCAACCAGUGAGGUGUGUGAUAGGGAGUGUUCAAAAAACAGUGUCACUCCCGCUUCUUCAUUAGACUUGCCUCUUUCAUUUCCCUUGCUGCCACCUCUUUAUCCACUCCCAGAGGGUUCUUCAGAGAAUCCAUUUAAGCCUUACUAUUGCUGGUGUCCGCCAUGCCCAUCGUCACUGCAGUACAGUGUAACCCCUCUGCAUAUGCCAGUUACAUCUGUAGAACCAUUUCCCCAGUCACCUUUGGGCCCGCUGGUAUCAAAUGAAGUAUCAUCUGUCUCGUCAUUUUCUGCAAAGUUGGAUACAACUAAUUCACCUUCACUUAAUCUUCCAUCGAUACUGCACGAUCCUUCACUUCACCUCCAGCUUCCUACUUCAAUUGUUCCCCUGCAUGGUUCUAUGGUUUCAACAUAUCCGUUACUUCAUCUGCCGUUUCCCACUUCACCUCUUGUUCCUGUACAUGGUUCGCAGGUUCCAACAUUUCCGUUGCUUCACCUGCCACUUCCUACUUCACCAUUUGUUUCAUUGCAUAGCUCACAGGUUCCAACAUUUACACCAUUGAUGUCUGAUCCUAUUGUGCAUGUCCCAGUCAUUGAUAUGUGUUCCUCCGGUCAGGCUUAUUUGGUGAGUUGUGGUCCUUCUAUAACUUCACCUGUUCCCCUGCUCCCUAGCUUGAAGCCUCUGAUUCCAGAAACCGAAUCGUUGGUUGAGAGGAGUGCUAGGGAAACACUAAUGAGGCUUUUAGCUUCGACACCACCAUCAAGCAACCCCCAGCUAGUCAACAUUCUCCCUGCAGUCCUUACUGAUGUGCCUGAAAAUAUUUCUCGAUCUCCUAAUGUGAACAUGCAUGUUGGUGUCCAUCGCAACGACCUACUUCUUAGCUCAUCUUGGGGUGCUAAUGUGAUUGGAAGUGGGAUGGCAGCCAUGGAGCUGCACUCGGAGGAUGAGGUUUCCAGUGGGCAUGAUGCUCAUGCUAUGGUUGCGUUUACGGAAUUUGAUGAUAUCAAUGGAGACCGUGAUCAGCCCCAUUUCCGGAGGAUGUAGUUUGCACAUGGGGUUUUCUUGAGCUCUUUGUUGGUAUGAAAUGUCUGAAUAUUUUGAACGGCACUUGUAUCUACAUGGUAAUAGGCUAUCUGGUUUUGGCAAUACGAUGAUAUAUGCAGCCUGGUUCCCAUGGCUUCCCUGCCCAGCUAAAUGGCUGAUGUGGUUGUUAAAUGUAAUUAGUUGUUUGUACUGUAUUUUAAUUUGGCAAACAAAGGGUAUUUGCUCGUGUGCAA